AUGUUCAUUUGGAACAGCAAAAUUCCAAGAAUAAAACUUAUGACACUUCAACUACCUCAAAACCUGCAUGUGCUACAGCAGCCUCCGUUGUCAGCAUGCCAGGUUAUUUCUGACAAAACAAGUUGAAGAAUCUUGACUCACCGUCAGCGAAACUUUCUGGGUCACACCUUUACUUCUUAUUAGAAGGAGAAUUUUUGUUGUUGUUGUUUUGCUUUCUGUGAAAUGAGGUGAUAAUGGGACCAUCAGGUUACUAGCAUGGACCACCAGCUCUGCUUAUCGAAACAGAUGACUAUUCAGUGAAUGAGAGAGCCCUCACUUCAAACAGCUGGAUGGCGCGGUGCUUCUGUCGCUGGCGUCGAGUGUUAAUCUGCAUAUGCACGCCAUGCAUUUCCCUGGCCCUGCUGUUCGUCUACGUCACUGUCAUGUUGUGUAUGGCCAUGAACGACACAUCAGUGCCGGGGAUCCCAGUCCAGGACCAGCAAGGCGCUCACUUUGUGGCCUCAGGAUCUUUUAGGAAUAAGAGCUUCGCCCCACUCCCUAAAACUUUCUGGGAUCUGCACCAGCAGGAUGCCUACUGGAACCGCCUCCAGCUGACCAUCGACCGCCAUUUCAACCCCAUCCUGCAGGCCAACAACUCCAUGCUGAGAUUCAAAAAUAGCACCUUUUAUGAGUCCCUAGUGAACCGAGGUUUCCCUGAAGUUACCAACUUGAGCAGCAUGAAGAGAAACAUUGAGCAGCUACCACAGCUGUUAAAAGACUUUGCGAGCAGCAUGCACAGGAGGGACUACCCAAUCCUCAUCCAGCCAGAUGGAGUUUGUGGAGUAGGGGCGAAGGAUGAAACGGAGCCCCCUCUGCUUCUACUGGCCAUCAAGUCAACAGAGAUGAAUUUUAAGAACCGGCAGGUCAUUCGACAGACGUGGGGCCAGGCAGGAUGGGUAGCAGGACAGAAGAUCAACAGCAGUGAAGUAGGAGGAAAACAAGGAGGAUUUGUCCGCAGGGUGUUCCUGCUUGCCACAGAAAAUACUGAGGAGCUAGGUGUGGAUUUGAAUUACCUACUGGAGAUAGAGAGCAAACAGUAUGGAGACAUUCUGAAGUGGGACUUCAAGGACACAUUCUUCAACCUCACCUUGAAAGAUGUGCUCUUCUGGAAAUGGUUCUCACACUCGUGCAGCCGGGUUCGCUUCGUCUUUAAGGGGGACGAUGACGUCUUCGUCCACACGCCAAAAAUAAUAACCUACCUCCAGGACCAGUUAAAGACACCACAAGCAUACAAGACCAUGAAAAACUUCAUGGUUGGAAAUGUCAUAGAGGCAGCCAUACCAAUCCGAGUCAACACGUCCAAGUACUUUAUCCCAGACAGCUUCUACAAGGGCCUCUAUCCCUCGUAUCCAGGUGGUGGAGGGGUGGUGUACUCAGGCCUGUUGGCCAAACGCCUGUACACCAUGUCUAAAAGGGUUAACCUGUACCCCAUCGAUGAUGUUUAUGUGGGGAUGUGUAUGAUUCGGCUUAACGCUCACCCCAUCCAUCACCCUGCCUUCCUCACAUUUGACUUUCCUGAUAAGGAAGAGGAGGGGCGCUGUUCGUACCACACAGUCCUACUAGUCCACAAACGAAGCCCAGACCAGUUAGUUCAACUGUGGGCUCACUUGAGAGAGACACAGGAACAGUGUAAGGAUGUGCCCCUGAGAAAGGACAAGGAACCAAAACUGUGAGACCACCCCAAGUUUCUAUUGAACAUUUUUACUACUGUAGUCUGAUCGCAAACAUUUUGGUGAGCUGCUGUCAGCCAUGAUGAAGUGACACUGUAUUAACUAUAUACACAUAUUAUAUUUAAUUAUACUAAUGUCAAAACCUGCGGGUCCAUCAACAUGCCUACUGCCUGAACAAUGUUUAAUCAUACUUUUUAAAACAGUGUUUUUACAAAUUUUAAUAUAUUUACUACAAAUUUAACAUUUUUAAAAUGUUAUAACAAGUUUUUUGUACUUUAUUUUAUUAUUUCUGGCAGCCAUUGACUGUCAUUUAUUAUAUAAAAAUAAACCGUGAGCUGAUACUGUAAUCAAUACUGUGA